AUGCCAGCAAAUCGUAUGUUCCCUAUGCAUAUCAAGCAUGAUGUUCACUCUUGCUUCUUUGUCAAAGUGAAAAACCCAACAUGGCUUUGGCAUUUUCACUAUGGUCACCUGAAUUUUAAUGGUUUAAAGACCUUACAUGACAAGGACAUGGUGAUUGGCAUUCCUCAAAUCAAUUGUCCCUCACAAGUCUGUGAAGAGAGUGUUGUUGGCAAGCAUAAUCAAGAUCAAUUUCCAAAAGGAAAGGAGUGGAGAGCUAGUAAUCCGCUGGAGCUGAUUCAUUCCAACAUCUGUGGACCCAUCAAUCCGGAAAAAUCGAAAGCUUUGACUGCAUUCAAAAGCUUUAAAGCUCUUGCUGAGAAUGAAACAAGGAGAACUAUUAAGGUUUUUCGAAGUGAUCGUGCUGGAGAGUACAACUCCAAAGACUUUGAAAGCUUUUGUGCUCUACAUGGCAUCCGUAAGUAG